AAGUACGGAGUGACUCUAGCAUUUUCCAUAUCAUUUCCCUCCAACCAAUUUCUGUUCCAAGUUCGAACCCCUCUCCCAAUCUCUCUCUCUGUCUCCGUCGUUCUUGCUCUGCUUACACCCUGCAACAACAAAUCAAGAAAUCAAAAAUCUCUAUCACCCAUCUCAUCACUUUCAAUUCAAAUUCUGAUUAUCAAUCAAUCGAUUUCAAUGGAGAACUCCCGUCGUCAGACUAAUUACCUCGUGAACUGGGAUUCAAGAAUCCUGUACAAGAUAAUGUCCGACGACCCAUUCGGCACAGACUCCGACGGCUCCCCGGUGUACAGAGUCGCCUUCUCCGUCUUCCACGAGACUUCCGGCGAGCGGAGCUUUGUCACCCUGAAGACGGUCAGUUCCCGUUCCUCUGUACCCGAAACCCUUUCAAGAAACCUGAAUCUGCCCGGAGACCACAAGAAUCUGACCCGAGUUGAGGCCCACUUCGUCGACGGCGCCACCGGCGACCUCUGCAUCGUCACUCCGUUCUUCGAGCCCGGCUCUCUCCGGUCAGCCAUGGCCGCCAAAUUCCCCCACGGGCUCCCGGAGGACUGUAUUUCCGUUUCCCUGAGAUGCGCUCUGAAAGCCCUCCGGUUUCUCCACAGCGCCGGGGCCCUCCACGGAGACAUCCACGCCGGGCACAUUUACCUGAAGAGCGGGCCGCAAAUCACGCUGGGCUUCGCGGCCACGCUCUACGAGCACGGGGCUUCGGAUUCCCGGGCAGAGUGUUCGUCCUCCUCUUCCCUGCCCGGAACCCAGAUUUCGACCUGGGCAGCUGCUCCGGAGGUAUACAACGGCCACUGCUACUCCGAGAAAUCGGACAUUUGGCUCGUUGGAAUCACAGCUCUGGAACUGGCCUACGGAAGGGUCAGCGUCCCAAACCGCGAAGCCCUGGAAAUGACAAUCAGGACAAUAACCCAGACGAAAAGGCUUCCGAAGAAGCUCGGGCCCGAGGGGCAGCAACGGACAGUAGCAGCGGGCAGGGAAGACAUCAAGGGAAAGGCAAAGAUGGAAACAACAGAUUCUGAAGAAGAAGAAGAAGAAGAAGAAGGGUGUUCGUUUUCAAGGGAGUUUGGGGAAAUGGUGGCACAAUGCCUGGCAUGGAACCCUGAAGAAAGGCCUUCAGUUGAUGCCCUCUUAAACCAUGAUUUCUUCUGCAAAAACGGGCUGUCAAGGUGCGAGCUGAAGGCAAACUUCCAACACGUCCUGAUUCGAAAGAUCAAAGGGAAAGAUUUCCAUCCGCGCACUCCGAAUAGGAAGCCAAAAUCUCACAUUUCGAUCCCGGGAUCCACAGCAAGAGCUGCAAAACCACCACCUGAUCUUUAUCGCGGUUUCGUCGACUACGAUCUCAACCUUUCCCAAUACUGCUUGCCUUCAAAGUCUGCUAAACCAAUGAAGAUUCGUAUCACCGGGCCAAAAAGAAAACUACCUAUGGAGGAGGAUAAAGGCCAACCAGAUGCAGCAGAAAGACCAAGAAAAGUUCGUUCUGCAGUGCCAAAUAAAGCGAUGGAUCAACGAAUGCAGGAAAGCCCCGAAGAGAGCUCCUGGAUGAGUUUAGACGAUCUUCAGCCCGAGUACGUGGUGGACCCCGCUUUCGGCGUGGUCUACCAGAUCAUGUCCGCGGAUCCGAUCGGGAAGUCACGCCACGACGACCUUCCUGUGUACAGGGUCGCGUACUCGGAAUGCGAGGACGACCCGUGCCGCAGGAAGUUCGUCUACAACGACUUCCUCUCCGCCAAGAUUGUGAACAUUUCCAGGAACCUGUCCGGGUACAAGAAGCUGAGACGGGCUCUAAGAAGGAACGAAACCCUGCCGAAGGAGCACCCGAACCUGAUGCAAGUGGAGGCCAGUUUCCUCGACACGGGCGCGCGGGACUUCUGCGUGGUCAUGGCGUUCGCAGAGUGGGGCUCGCUGAGGACGAUCAUGGCGGACCAUUUCCGGCAGGGCUUCCCGGAGACGUGCAUCGCCCUGGUCCUGAAACACGUCCUGGAGGGCGUGUGCUUCCUCCACGAGAACGGAGUCGUCCACGGGGACAUCAGCGCGGGCCACGUCUACGUGCAAAGCGGCCCGAACGUCAAGUUGGGGUACGCGGCCACGGUGUACGACCACCGGGCCCGGGACCUCGAGUGCUCGACUUCGUCCUCGCUGCCCGAAGCCGGCAUCUCGAGCUGGGCAGCUGCCCCAGAGGCGUACGGCCGCCGCGCCGGGACCACCGAGGCGAGCGACGUCUGGCUGGUGGGCGUUUUGGCCCUGGAGUUGGCUUACGGGGGGGAUCCGGGUCCCGGACCGCGAAGCCCUGGGGGUCAUGUUGCUUCGCUCCUUCGCGUUCCAAAGCGCGCUGUCCUCCUAAGCGACCAACACUAAGUAAUCCAAGCCAACCCACGAAAUGAACUUUUUUAAUUUCCUAGUGAGUAUUUAAGACACCUCUAUCUAUUAAAGAAAAUGAUUUUUGCCUU